AGACUGGAAGAUGUGAGUCAAAAGGUGGAAACUUUUCAACUCCAAGUAUGAUCGAGUCGAUCAGCGCCAUGAUCAUCUUGAUUCUUGAUGCCAUUGUUCAACAGGUUUAGGAAUGUUACGACAAACAGUCGCACGACUGGGACGACGCUCCUAUACCACACAGGUCUCUGACGUUCAUGUUGCUGCUCUUGACCGCUGGAUCUCCUCUGACAAGAAGCUAGUCAUACACGACACUCUUCGGCCAGAACAUCUUUCCAGUCUUUAUGUCACUCUCCCUACUCGCGACGGUUCUCAGAAGCCGUUCGUGCAUCCUCGAGAUGGCAGCCUCCUUGAAGCAGGGCACCAUCUCGUAUUCUUCCAUCCCAGGAACCCCGAGAAAGCUCUUCGCUCGGACGGUACAGAUGCAGACUUCUGUCCUCCUGAGCCCUUCACUCGCAGAAUGUGGGCCGGUGGAAGGAUAGAGUGGAGAAACCCGCUUCUCAUCGGUGAUGAGGCUGUCUCUGUAUCCACCAUCGACUCUGUUCAGAAAAAGGGUUUUGAAAAGGGAAGACCUAUGGUCUUCGUGAAUCAGAAAAUUCAAUAUUCCAAGGCUGGAAGCGAAGACGUUGCCAUUCAAGAGACCCGGUCGCAUGUAUAUUUGGCGUCUCCAGGAAACUCGAGGGGUACAAGGGAAGUUCCGUACCUCCCUGUGCCUGACUUCUCCCUCAGAUAUCUACCUACACCGACUACACUCUUCCGAUUCUCCGCAUUGACAUUUAAUGGUCAUUAUAUCCACCUUGACAGGGAUUAUGCUCAGAAGUCGGAAGGGUAUCCCGAACGACUGGUUCAUGGUCCCCUUACUGCACUCAUGCUUCUAGAGGCGACCAAGUUCCACAAGCCAGAGAUUGUCUUGAGGACCUUCGACUAUCGCGCUCAAAACCCUUUGGUCGUCAAUAAUGCGGUCACGAUAUAUGGUGCUUGGGAAGAGAAAGGGUCUGUGCGUGUAUGGGCUUCGGAUGAUAAUAAGGUCGUGGGAAUGACUGGAAGUAUUUCUUACGAGUGAGAUCAUUUCCGUUCUCUUUUUGUAUCACUAGUCACGAUGGAUACUCGCAUGCUUGACUAUAGACCUUGAAUUGAAAGAGCCGCUAGAGAAGAAAUGAAGAGCCUGUAUGCUCCGAGGGACAGUGCGACGCGUCUGUGGCUGAGACGUGUA